AUGCCCAAGCACACCAAACGCAAGUCCAAGACGCCGGGGGGCACGAUCUCGCACCCGGUGUUGAACAAGUCCGGAAGGCCGGCCAAGGUCAAGAAGGUCAAGGAGGUCGUAUUCGACCCCGACGCGAGGAAGUGAGUGUGCAGAGUCCAAACAUGGGGGUACACCACUGUCCUAAUCGUAUCGUGUUGUCACAGAGAGUUCUUGACGGGCUUCAGCAAGCGCAAAAAGGCGCGCGAGGCGGCGGUGCGCAACAAGGCGAUCGACCGCGAGAGGCAGGAACUGAACGAGAUGCGCAGGAAUGUAAGAUCACUGCACACCGAGCUCGGGUUCAUGGGGUGAGACUCAUCAGCCCUAUCCCCUACACACCUACACGACGCGAACAGAUUCGAGAUGAGAGGAAGGAACGAGCCGCUCAGAACGUCAGGAACGCAAAGGCCAUGUAUGGGGGUCAGUCCCCGUACGGCUUCAACUAGAGAGCCCUACCAACGCCUCUCUGAAAAUGUACCACUCUUUCCCACCCAGACGCCGGUGGCUCCGACGACCAAGUCUUCUCCGGAUCCGAGAAUGACGACGACGACAGCCUCGACCCCAAUACCCCUGAUCCCGCCCCUACAAGGACCUUUGAAUCGACCGACCUCGUCACGACAGUCGCCAUCGAACCCUUCUCCCUCUCUCGCUCCCCCUCCCCCGCCGCCCUCCCACUCGACCGCGACCUCCCCCCUCCACCACCUCCCCGAUCCACGUCCACUCCAGCCACGACCAGUUCGACGCAUAAACGCCGAGUGAAGAACAAGCCCGUGGCGAGGAUGAAGAUGUCCUCUGCGGAGAAGAAGGAGAGGGCCACGGGGAGCAAGGCGGUCAAGGCCAAGUAUGCGAAGCAGAACAAGGGGACCAAGGCGCGGAGUAACAAGGGCUGA